AUGGGGAGCCUUGUAAUUAGUGAUUACCAGAUGCGUUUAAAACGUGUGAAAUGCCUGCAGGAAUUGGAAUUAAGAAUUCACUGUGAGCAGCUCAAAAGGAAGAAUAAGGAUGCAGAGGAUCGUCUGGAGUUGUGCCUCCAUCAGUGUGUUGAGAUAGAAAGGUGUGAAAGUAAAGAGCUGGAUGUUGAAAUAAGGAACCUGAUAGGGAAGAGUAACACUUCUCAGUCGUGUGAGGACCCCAAACCUAUUGCACAAGACAGUCUGAACCCUCAGAGAACUUCGUGUUCCCUUAAGGUCCACAGUGAGACAGCCACUCAAGGCCAUCUUGGAUGCACGUGGGCAGAUGGGAGUGACAUGGAAGCCCCAGCAGACCCUCUGGAAUCAAGGCACACGUUACUGACCAAAAAGAAGACUUCAUCACCCAGUUCUCUGGAACAACACAUCCUCUCACUGGAAAGACAGAGACGAGAGCUUCUGGAGGUGAACAAGCAAUGGGAUCAUCAAUUUAGAAACAUGAAGCAGCUCUAUGAAAAGCAGCUGGCAGAGAUGAAAGCAAGGCUGGAUGUGUCAGAGAGGAGAGUGAGCGAGCUGGAGCAGGAGAGACAUCGGCAGCAGCCAGGGGAUGAGAGGUCGGGAGUGCUGGGCAGAGAGAAGCUGUGGCAGGAAAAGAAAGAAACAAAAGUCCUCAGUGAAGCCCUCCAGGAGAUGAGGGAGGAGAACAAGCUGCUGAAGCAGAAGAACGCCUCCAUGGCUAGAAAGAAAGAGCACUAUGAGGGGGAGAUAAGCCGUCUCAACAAGGCCCUUCUGGAUGUGUUGAAAAAGCAGCACUCGCCUGUCCUUGGGACUCCCCCGGGAAAGGGUGACAGGAACAGCAUUGAGGAGAUGAGAACCCAACUUGAAGUGCUGAGGCAGCAGGUUCAAAUAUAUGAGGAAGACUUCAGAAAGGAGAGAUCUGACCGAGAAAGACUCAACGAGGAGAAAGAAGCACUGCAGAAAGCUAACGAGAGACUGCAGUCUCAACUGAAUAAACUCAGCUCUCAGACGAAAGACCUCCCAGUACAACCUGAGAGGCCCAGUUACCCACCUCCACUCUUCCUCUCACCCUGUGUGAAUUAUGGGAGGUGUGGGAUGGUUCUUCACUAUGCAGAUCCUCGAGUACAACCAGGGCCUUGCAGGGCACAUGAGCAGCAGCAGCACUUGCCAGACUAUCAGUGGUAUGUUCCCGACCAGCUUCCGCCAGAUGUGCAGCACAAGGCAGAUGAUUCAUCCCCGGAGAAGGGAGCCCAGCACUGACAGCCCGAGACCUGGAGAAGUGUAAACCAGAGGCUGCAAGCAAGUCUUGCAACUUCAUUAUUCUGUUUUCUUCUGGGUUUUUUUUUGCCCUCAGCUCCUUAUCUCUUCAGUGCAUGUGAUUUAUGUGUGGUGAAAUCCCUGCGAGGACAAUAGAAAAGCAGAUCAUCCAGGCUGGUGAUCCUCAGGAUCCAGUUAAACUCUGCUGGGAAGCGUUACUGCCCUUUGUUCUGAAGAUGCUGUUUAUGCUGCCUUUGAGAAUCUGUUAAAGAGCCUUAUGAGAAAAGAUGCAGCCCUUGCUGGGGAUUCAGACUGUCACAUCUGUUUUGAAUCCGAGAGCUUAUAAACCCAAUAGUGUUGUGAUUUUUGUUGUUGUUGUUUGAGAAUUAUAGAGAGGGCUUACUUGAUUCCAGGGAAUGAUUUGUUGAUAUAUCAUCUCGAAUUCUUUUUCUUGGUUGGUAAAAAGGAAAUCUGCUUCACUGUUUGAACACAUUUGUGGAACUGUAAACAGGGUACCAGUGAUGCCAGGCUGAGUAAAAGGUGCCCCUUUCUGAGUCCAGGUCAGCUCUCAUUUUGUUUUGGCUCUAGAAUUACAUGGAGAAAAGUAACCACAGGUUUUUUUCUGUGUGCACUUAUUCGUAUCAGAAGAAUUUUAGUAGAAAUAUUUAAUGGGUUUAAUUUCUCAGUGAAUAUGGCUUUAUAUUUCCAAAUGGUUCUUGUAACGAGUCUGAACAUCGUCGUGUACCCUCUAACCCAAGAAUAAAACGUGGCUUUUUAAGUGGAA